AUGGAAGCCAACGUCACCAGGGAUUUCAAAGCUAAUUCACUUUUUAUAUGUAUCAAUGCCAAGUUGAAAAGUAGUAUGUCUGAAGAAGAAAAGUGGUGGCAUCCAAACAAAUUACCACCAAGUGGUUACCAAUCCAAUAUUUCUCAAGAUCAUGAUAGAAAAUCAUUUUAUCCAUUCAAUAGUGAAUUGGGUUAUAGAAUUUUCAAAAGAAUAAUAGAAAUGAAGCGAACAGGUAUGGAACAGCAAAACAAUGAAGAAAAUACAUAUCGUCCAAAAUAUUUUAAUCAAAUGAAUAAAGAUGAGGGUUUUCUUUUGAAGCAAGGUGUUUGUUCGCAGAAACCUAAUUCAAUUUCGUCGAAUUCUGCAUUCAAUCAAUUUAGAUCCAUAGAAAAUAUGCCAGAAUUUCAUUUAAAUCUAAAAUGUGAUAUCGAUGAUCUAGAGGAAUCGUAG